AAAAUCGAAAAUAACGACCCCUUUCAAUCUUUUAUCAUUUUAUGUUUGUCAAGCCGGUUUUUAGACGCAAUCCAGCAUGUUAUCAUGUGCCCACCACGCUCGCGCUAUUCUCCCCACAACGACCGCAAAGUCUUCGCGUAUUUUAACACGGUUUAAACACUCAACGAUUCAACCGCACUCGACGACUUGGAAUAACGUCGAACACCUUACCUGCACCACAACUCACCACACUUUCCGCUUAUUCUCUACCUCUACAUCUCCGUCAAUGGGCUCCGUAUCUCUCUCCGACGUCCCUCUUCAGUAUCCCUCUUUCCGCCGUGACGAAUCUGUUGUCGAUAACUACCACGGAGUUCCGGUUCCUGAUCCUUAUCGAUGGCUUGAAGAUCCUGAUUCAGAAGAAGUGAAAGAAUUUGUGAAAAAACAAGUGGAAUUAACCGAAUCCGUGCUUAAUAAAUGUGAGACUAAGGAAAAGCUUCAUGAGAAACUUACCAAGUUCUAUGACUACCCUAAAUACGGAGCUCCAUUUAGAGAAGGUGAUAAAUAUUUCUACUUUCACAACACUGGACUUCAACCGCAGAAAGUUCUCUACAUGCAGGAUAGUUUGGAAGGAGAAGCUGAAGUUUUGCUUGAUCCAAACGGGCUUAGUGAAGAUGGAACAAUCGCAUUGAGUACUUAUGCGGUUAGUGAAGAUGCUAAGUAUUUGGCUUACGCUCUUAGUUCAAGCGGAAGUGAUUGGAACACUGUCAAAGUAAUGAGGAUUGACAACAAAAAAGUUGAGCCUGAUACAUUGUCAUGGGUUAAAUUUUCAGGUAUUAGUUGGACAAAUGAUUGUAAAGGUUUUUUCUACAGCCGUUAUCCAGCUCCAAAGGAAGGGGAAGAUUUGGAUGCUGGAACAGAGACAAAUGCAAAUCUGGAUCAUCAGCUUUACUAUCAUUUCUUGGGUACUGAUCAAAGUGAGGAUAUUUUAUGCUGGGAAAAUCCCGAUAACCCGCAGUACACACUUGGAGCAUCUGUAACAGAAGAUGGAAAGUAUGUUCUUCUCUAUAUUAACGAGGGUUGUGAUCCCGUCAACAAAUUUUAUUACUGUGAUCUCUCUACUCUUCCUGGUGGGAUCCAAGGGUGUAAAGAAAGCAAGCGUCUUCCUUUUAUUAAACUUAUCGACAAUUUCGAAGCAAUGUAUCACGCAAUCGCAAAUGACGACACAGUUUUCACAUUUCUAACAAACAAAAACGCACCAAAAUACAAAUUGAUUCGUGUAGAUCUAAAUGAACCAAACACAUGGACUGAGGUUAUUCCACAAUCUGAGAAUGAUGUGCUUGAUACAGCUGUCGCGGUCAAUGAAAGUCAAAUUGUAGUGAGUUAUAUGAGUGAUUGCAAACACGUAUUGCAGUUGAGGGAUUUGAAAAGUGGGGCCCUUUUGCAUAAUUUGCCUAUUAGUAUUGGUAGUGUGGAUGCUGUUAGUGCACGAAGGAAGGAUAGUUUAUUUUUUAUCGCUUUUACAAGCUUUCUUACACCCGGGACAAUAUAUCAGUGCAAUUUAGAAAGUGGGGUCCCCGAUUUGAAGAUUUUUCGGGAAAUUGUGGUUCCGGGAUUUGAUCAAACCGAGUUUCAAGUCAGUCAGGUAUUUGUAGCUAGUAAGGACGGUACCAAGAUACCAAUGUUUGUUGUGGCCAAAAAGGAUAUAGUUCUUGACGGAUCACAUCCAUGUUUAUUAUACGGAUACGGUGGAUUUAAUGUUAGUUUGACACCAUAUUUUAGUGUGAGUCGUACUGUACUCAUGAGGCAUCUAGGGUUAGUCUUUUGCCUUGCUAAUAUUCGCGGUGGUGGUGAAUACGGAGAAGAAUGGCAUAAAGACGGUUCUCUUGCGAAGAAACAAAAUUGUUUUGAUGAUUUCAUUUCUUGUGGUGAGUAUCUUAUAUCCUCGGGUUAUACACAAUCGAAAAAGUUGGCAAUUGAAGGCGGAAGCAAUGGUGGGACCCUUGUUGGAGCUUGCUUAAAUCAGAGGCCUGAUCUCUUCGGUUGUGUACUUGCUCAUGUUGGUGUCAUGGACAUGCUUAGGUUUCACAAGUUUACAAUCGGUCACGCAUGGACAUCUGACUAUGGCUGUUCGGAUAAAGAAGAAGAAUUUCAGUGGUUAAUCAAGUACUCACCGCUGCAUAACGUUAGGAGACCAUGGGAGCAAUCUAACGAUAUCUCUCGUCAAUAUCCUCCCACCUUAUUGUUGACAGCCGAUCAUGACGAUAGGGUUGUGCCUUUACACACUUUGAAGUUAUUGGCGACCAUGCAAUACGUGUUGUGCACAAGCGUGGAGAAUAGCCCACAGACAAACCCGAUUCUUGGCAGAAUCGACUGCAAGGCUGGCCACGGAUCUGGACGCCCUACGAAGAAAGUGAUUGAUGAAUGGGCGGAUUCAUACAGUUUCAUGGCUAAAGCAGUUGGCGCAACCUGGAUCGAUUAGAUGAACUAUUAUUCACAAUCGACGGAAUUCUUGAUUUAUCAAGGUUACCUGUUUUAAAAUCCGGACAAUUGUUUAAUUGAUUAUUACAGAACUCUGGAAUGAGCUAUUUCUUUUAAACUUAUAAGAUGAACCUUAAAUUAUAUUUUCAGGACUUAUCAUUAUUUGCUUCUACACUGAGUUGUGCAAUGUGGCUUGCAUAUUAAGUGUA